AUGGCGCAGCUGCCACCGAGGGCGCCGAGCGCCGCGGCGCAGGACCCCUGGUCGGCGGCGGGCGAGUUCCUCGGGUUCGCCGCGGCCAGGCGCGGCGCGCACCGCCGCUCGGCCAGCGACUCGGCCGCGUUCCUCGAGGCCGUGCCCAUGGACGACGUCAUCGGCGGCGCCGGCGGCGACGACUUCGACCGCCUCGACGACGAGCAGCUCAUGUCCAUGUUCUCCGACGUCGACGCGCCGGCCGUCUCCGACGGCGCCGGCGGGGAGAGGGCCGGGGACGCGCAGCUGAUGGACAUGGGGGACGCGGAGGACGGAAUGGCGGCCUCGUCGCCGGCCGGCGCGCGCGCGGCCGCGGACGGCGUCGCCGACCCCAAGAGGGUCAAGAGGAUAUUGGCAAACAGGCAGUCAGCUCAGAGGUCACGAGUCAGGAAGCUGCAGUACAUCUCGGAGCUUGAACGCAGUGUCACCAGUCUCCAGAUGGAGGUGUCAGCACUGUCCCCUCGCGUGGCCUUCCUCGAUCACCAGCGGUCGCUACUCACCGUCGGCAACAGCCAUCUCAAGCAAAGAAUUGCGGCGCUCGCCCAAGACAAGAUCUUCAAAGAUGCUCAUCAAGAGGCACUGAAGAAGGAGAUCGAGCGGCUACGCCAACUGUUCCACCAGCAGCAGAUCAAGGCCACCACCGGCGGUGCCAACAUCGCCACUGCCGCCUCGAUGCAGGCCAGGCAAGAGCUGCUCGCAUGCGAGGGCGCCGCCAUUCGAUAGCAGAAAUGAUUGUCGAUCGGCGCAACGUGCGCCAACUUGUGCUGAGUUUUUUUGAGGGGCAGUUCAUCGUGUGGAAAGACACACCUGUUAGUAGUUUAAAAAUUUGUGCAGUCUGAUAUGUUGGCUUUGUUUGUUACUCCUUGAUUUGUAUGUGAUGUAAUUUGCUCAUCUUAGCUAAAAAUUGGGCUGGGAUGGGGAAUCUUUGUGAAUGUAUUGUUUGGACGGCCUCACAUUUGUGUUGGUAAAGAUUUUCCAAGGUGUUUGGUUUCUUCA